AUGUAUAAUGUCCAGCUGCAGCACCCUUCUUUUAGUCCUCAACAACAGCAACAACAACAACAGCAGCAGCAGCAUCCUCAAACACAUGCGACACAACAAAACCAACAAUCCCAAUCGCAAGUACAGCACCGUCAACAAGCCGAUGUAAAUGCCGUUGCAGCAGCUGUAGCUAUGGGAAGUGAACAGAAAGCGUUUCCGUCGCCGCUCACAACUUCGUCCCUUGAUUCACCUCCUCACCCACAUCAAAAAAUGAACCUUCAACAACAACAACAACAACAGUUACCUAUGAACACCAAUGCUCCAGCUUCACCUAAACCAUAUCCAUCCACUGCUUCUCGAUCAUACACACUACAACAACAUCAUCAACAACAGAGUCAACCACCUUAUAACACACCUACACCGAGUUUCACUCAACCACCAGUAUCAUCCAUGCCUGGAUCAUCAUCAUCAUCAUCACAAGAACGCAGUAGCAAAGACAUGUAUUAUGCAUCUCAAGAUCACAAGCAAUGGUCAGCACCACCGCCACCACCACCAACAUCAUCUUCAUCAUCAUCAUCUCAAGUACCAACAUCUUCAUGCAUGUAUGGUAACAAACAAUCGGAUACAUCCAUGGUAUCACCAACCAGUACAAGUAGCUUUGAUGAAGAAAUGCAACAACGAAAUAUGCAGCAAUUGUUUGAAAAGAAACGACGACGACGUGAAUCGCAUAACGCUGUUGAACGACGACGACGAGACAAUAUCAAUGAUCGCAUCAAUGAACUGGCUACCCUCCUUCCUGAUCGAGAUGCCAACAAAGCCAACAAAGGUACCAUCUUAAGAAAGUCGGUGGACCAUAUCCGAUUGUUGCACGAUAAACUUGGCGAAUAUCAGCAGCGUAUACAAGAACUGGAAUCCAUGUUGACUGUAUAUCGUGUACGAGGAGGUGAUGGCAGCGGUGGGGAUGCUCAAGGAGGAGGAACCAAUGCCAAUCUCGGUCAACAACAACAACAAGUCAUGAUGCCACCACCACCACCACCACCUACAGGACACCCAUUGGAUUUAGGUGAUAUGCCUCCACAUCUUGGUACACCACACGAUCCAUUUAGGCGUGAUGGAUGA